CUCGCUUAUUUUCAUUUUACAAGUUGUUAUUUUCAUUUUACAAUUUUACAUGUGCCGGGAAAAUAAUAACGAUAGAAUUGAAAAAAAAUCAUCGCCCGCCUUAAUAACAUUUCUUACUGACCCCAUACAUCACCGUCAAGUAUAUAAUACGAAUACGUUUGCAGCAUACUUGUAUCAUUUGCAAACAUAUGCUACAACCAGUGUUAGAUUGUAUAUUGGUAAGCGAUUGUGAAAAAAAAAUCAGGAAAGUAAGGUAUUGUAGCUUGGAGGUUGGGUUUAUUUGGAUAUAACACGUAUAGAAAUUACAUGCAUUUACGAUAGUCGGAUUAUAUUAUUCACCUACAAAGGAUUUCGUGAAUAAAAUUUAUUGGAAUAAAAAAAAUUAAACUAAAGACAAUAAGAAGAUGGAUGAAGAAGACGUCGAUACUAGGAGCUGUCUAAAAGAAUGGCAAGACUUAAGCAAAGAAUAUAAGGAACUGGAGGCCGAGAAUCGUGAAUACCUCUUGGCAUUGGGACGGAUAGAAGAAUUGCAGGCUAAAUGUAUAAAGGGAAUAGCCCAUCAAAGAUAUCGGAUGGAUGUUAUAUCAGAUAGUCUUAAGUGUAUUCCAGCGUUACAGAUUAAAGAAUCCAUAAUGGAGGAAAUAGUUAGACGAAAACAACAAUUGCAUGAGAUAGAACAAACUCUGCCAAAGCCUAAUGGCACAUAUCUUUCUAUUAUAUUGGGAAGUGUCAAUGUGUCGAUUCUGAACAAAUGCGACAAGUUCAAGUACAAGGAUGAGUAUGAAAAAUUUAAGCUGGUUCUGUCCGUCAUUGGUUUUUUUCUGUCAGUUGUAAACCUAUUCACUGAUCUAAGAACCCUUGAAUUAAGUUUCAUGUUCCUCUUGGUAUGGUAUUAUUGUACAUUGACAAUAAGAGAGAGUAUACUCAAAGUGAAUGGAUCUCGGAUAAAGGGGUGGUGGAGAUUUCAUCACUUUUUAUCCACAGCUGUAUCCGGUGUUCUGCUGGUUUGGCCAAAUACCGGUCCAUGGUAUGCAUUUAGAGGCCAGUUUAUGUGGUUUAAUGUCUACAUAAGUUUCGUCCAGUAUCUACAAUUUCGUUAUCAACGUGGUGUACUUUAUCGUUUAAAAGCACUCGGGGAGCGGCACAAUAUGGAUAUAACUAUCGAAGGUUUUCACUCGUGGAUGUGGCGUGGCCUCUCUUUCCUCUUACCUUUUCUCUUUAUAGGAUAUCUCUUCCAAUUGUACAAUGCGUACGUACUCGCGAGCCUUGUUUUCCACACCGAAGCUACGUGGCAUGUUCCUGUCCUCAGUCUCAUGUUCCUCAUACUAUUCCUCGGAAAUAUGAUUACUACCGCGAUGGUUGUACCGCAGAAGCUCAAACAGAAAACGGCGAGCAAUCAACAGCGAGAACAACAACAACGAUACCGCCUCGACCAAAAAACCGACUAGGUCUUCAUCCUCGAUCCUACUCGCUAUUUUAUUUUCUUACUCUUAUAUUUUGACUUAUCAUGACGGCCGGCUCGUUGAAAAUAAAUAUGCUUAAUUUAUACGUUAAAUUUAUCGUACACACGUGCGCGUACAAAUCGUACCAUCAGUUACAAUACGUGCAACGAAUACAUACCUGGGAACCGCGGAAUCUCUGUGACACUUCACAAGUAUUUACACUGGAUUCUGUAAUAAGUGUUAGAUGGAGCAACUAUACUCAGUAAUUUAUUCCGUAUAAAAUGAAUGUUUAAUCAGGGCUGGUUGAUUUAUCAAUAUAACGACGAUGACUAUUUUAAAAUA